GUUCAAGCGUAACUUAGUCGUAAGCCUACCUGGACUGCGAAUACGAGGAUUUCUGGGUUUCUACCUGUAUCUCUACUUCGGAAGUAUAUUAUUCCUCUUCUAUGUCUACGUGUUUUUGUUACGUCGAGAAAGUACAGAUGAAAACAUCAGUUCUGUUCGAGCUCCAUCGUUCUUCCAACGUUGCAUCAGAAACCUUGUCCCAUUUUACCGCAAUACUGGUUUUAGUAUUGGCAGCAGCAGCAACAACAAUCACAAGAAGAAAGUGAGUGAUGGUCCUCACUGCGGAAGUUUUUAUCUCCGGCUUGGGGCAGUAGCUUUUGGAAUUGGAAGCAUGAUAUAUUCUGGACUAGAAUUCGGGCAAUUUUUUGAACUUGAAAAGAAAUCUCAUUGCUACAACAUUCUGUAUGGUUUAACACCUAGCACGAGAAUGGGCUUCACUUUCAUUCAACUCUAUUUCAUUUUUCUGAAUUCUAGGAUGGCUAUUAAUAAGUUCAAAACAUUAGCCAGGUUUGGCCUAAUGCAUAUGAUAGCAACAAAUGUAUGUGUGUGGUUGCAUGUGCUUGUGGCUGAGACCAAACAUGAAAUCAUGACAAUAAUUGACCCUAAUCACACAGAGAGAAUUCCAUCUUUUAUACUGGAGGUCAAAGCUGACAACUACCAAGACGUGACCGACAGCCACACGAUCUCCAAUAGGCGACAAACUCUUCAUCAUGAGCGGGUAGAGAGAUCAGUCGAACAAGGUAUAUACAUUAGUCAUGAAUGUCGUCGGUCUAACAUCAUGGGAGAACUUGUGCAAGAUGCUAGCCCAUUUCUCUUUCCUUGUACCAUCGAGUACAGUUUGAUCUGUGCCGCCAUCUUAUACGUUAUGUGGAAAAACAUUGGUAAGGCCCAGAACAAUGUCGACAAUACUAAUAAUGGACCAUUUUUCACGCGACAUCGUCAUCACUACACAGUAGAUUGCACCAAUGCCAAUAAAGGCCUCUUUACUGGUAUUAUUGUUUUGGUUUUGGCAAUCAUCAGCUUAAUUCUUUUCUUUGUACUCAUCAAUAAAGAAUGGUACAAAAAUUUAGCUGUCAUGGAAGCUCAUAUCUUUGAACUUGCACUAUAUAUUUUGACUUCAGUAGCAGUAGUUGUAGCCCUUGCACAAGUGAAGGAGCUAAGAUACAAUCCCUACAGAAAUAUAGAACUUGACAACAUUCUGCUGAUUGUGGCACAGAGCGGACUUUACGUGUUUACCAUGUUUAGUAUAAUUGGUGGUCAUUUCACGAUGGACCAAAACACUGUAUUAGUCUUGCUUACAGCUAUAGCCUGUCUCAUCCAAGCUACGCUACAGACAAUAUUCAUCCUGGAAGCUUCUCGUCGCUAUUGUAGAAACAGUGAUCAAAUGGAAAGAAAACCAGGGCGGGAGAUGGUGACUUUUCUCCUCGUCUGUAAUUUUGCUAUGUGGUCUAUCAACACUUUGGAAACUCGUAGAGGAGAUUCCAAUCCUGUUCAGAUGCAUUUUUAUGGCUUUUGGGCAUGGACAGUAAUCACCCAUGUGACGACUCCCUUGACCAUUUUCUUUCGCUUCCAUUCUACUGUUUGUCUUUGCGAUAUCUGGAAACGCAGUUAUAAAGUGCGUUCUGAAUUGGUAUAAUUAUUGAAGUUAUACUGCAUGUCUUGUUUUAUAUUAAAUACUAAAACUGACAAAAGAC